GUGCACAGCUGUCCCAGUCAGUCACAUAGUCGGUCGCUACUGUGGCCUAGUCACCCUAAACGCUCUCUCCCGGGACAAUUUGCCGACGAUUUGCGGACGCUUUUCUCUUUGGAUAGCCAUUUUGUCACCGUCCCCGCUUUAAGUUGGGUUGGGAAGGCGAUCUAGUGGCUGGACAAUGUUGGCCAAGACUUUGUUUCUGUCUGUUGCGCUACUGUUGUGGGCUUUCUGUUCAGAAGCUGGAGCUGCCGUUAUUGGCCGAGUUGAACCGAGUCUGGACAGGGUGAAAAGGCAAAAUGGCGAAGCAAAGGAUGAUGCUGCGAUGAAGCAAUUCAUCUGGACGCCAGGGGUCGCUGCUACCGUGAAGGACGGUAUGGAAACGUCCCUACAGGCGGAGACUCCGUCAGAGUGCGCCGCCCGCUGCAUGGAGAAGGGCCGGGCCGACUGCUUGUCGUUCGAGUACGUCAAAGUCCGUAAGAUGUGCCUCCUGAAGAAGGGGAACUCUUACACAGUAGGGCUUCGACUUCGGCUGGAGGCAAGCUCAGACUUUUACGAGUUACGCGAAGAACUAAAGCCACAACUCGUGAAGCCGAAGGGAGAGGAAUCUUCGGUCGCUCGUGCAAAGUCCGAGCCGAACCGAGUGGACCCGAGCAAACCCGAAAAGAAAGCCGAGAGUGGCGAACGAAGGGGUGGUGGCAAGAACAGAGGGAAGGGCGGAAAGGGAAGAAACCGAGGGAAAGACAGAAAUCGUCAGGAUGAAGAGAGUUUUCUGAGGAAACAAGGAGAUAAAGAAGAAGAAUUAGACGACACAGACGUGACCACACCUGCAACGGAGUUGACAACGCCAGGUAAAGAGAUACAAAAACCUGAGAUAGUCACAACAACCACCCCAACCCCUACAGCAAACAACGAACCCUCUAAAGAAGACAAGAAAAAGAAAGGAGGCAAGAAGCGAGAGAAAGGGAAGAAAAGAAAAGAAGGAAGAAGGAAAGGUGGGAAGGGUAAGAAGAGAAAUGGGAAAGAAGACAACAACAGGGUUGCCUCAAAGUUCAAAGAAGCCGGCAUCAUACCGGAUGUACUGGACAACCCUCCGAAGGAGAAAGCGGAAGUGAAGUUUGAUGACGUCAGGGUCAGUUUUGGUAAAACUUUGACCCCCACGGACACAAAGAACGAACCAAAGGUCACGUGGCCGGUCAAAGAUGGUCAGUUGUACACGUUGGUCAUGAUAGACCCGGACUCGCCUAGCAGGGCGGACCCACGCUACAGCCAGUGGAAGCACUGGCUUGUGGGUAACAUUCCCGGAAAUGACGUCACCAGAGGUGACGUCAUUUCCGAAUACAUCAGCCCCAUCCCCCCGGUAGGCACGGGGUUACAUCGUUACGUCAUUCUUGUGUACAAACAGACGAAAAUGCUGGAUUUUGACGAACCGAGGCAGACGAGUAUAGCGGCUAGGGGCAGGGGGUUGUGGAAAGUUCAGGCGUUUGCAGAAAAAUACGAGCUUGGAAAUCCCGUGGCGGGAAACUAUUUCGAGGCAGAAUGGGAUAAGUGGGUCCCGAAAGUGUAUGACCAACUAGCGACCAAUAGGAAGAAGUAGGGACUAAGAAAAUGCUACUUAUAAGUUUUAGGACUAUACUAACAUUGUUAGAGGGGUGUGUCCGAUUAUCUACAUGUAACGCUAGUUCACCUUUAUCCGCGGGGUAACCUAUAUCCGCUGUAUUGACGCUAUGGUAUUUAGACAGAUCAAAUUGACGGAUGGUGGUUUUGUGUUUUCAAACUUCAACAUUUGGAAAAUAUUGCAAUCAGAAACCACGGUCCGUCAACUGUAUAUCCCUCAAUACACUGCUUUUAGAAACAACGGAUAUAGGUUACCCUGAUGAUAAUGGUGAACUAGCAUCGACAUUCAUGAUCAACACAGAUUAUAUAUUUUUUAUUCUGCGCUAAGAUUUUUCAUUUUUACAGUUUUGUUCUUUUCAACAAUGAUACCCAAAAGGGGAAUUAUUUACAAAACCUUAACUUUACCUUGUCGAAAUUUAAACGAACUUUACACUUCUGAAAAAUAUAUCAGAAGAUACGUACCAAGAAAUAGAAUAUAGCACCGAUGUACAUGUAUCAUUUAGUAUAUGAUGUUCUUUUUCACAAUUUAUAUCCUUUCAUAUUUGGGCAUAUUCUUAUGUCAUGGUUACGGACAUGCAUAUGCAGUUAUGGACACCGUUUUGUUCUUUAUGUACUUUGUAAUGUUCAGAAAGAAUUAUAUUAAGACUAUCUAAUAUCCUGCCUUGUAACCACGUACCAAUAGAGUCAUUUCCAGUUACGGUGGCCAUCUUGGAUUUUCCGGGGUCAUCCAAGGUCAUGCACCUAAACGAGGCUGCACAGGAGUUUCUAGUUAAAAGUAUGUAUCACAGCAUGUAAUAUAAUGUAUGAAGAAGUCGGUGUUCCUGGCGACAAUUAUUGCCUGUUGUUUGACAAGCAUGCAUACAUAUUUGUCUAAUACACUAGCACCAAAAGAUAUCACUAUUUACAGUUAUUUCUAGUCUUUUUUAGAAGUACAAAUGUAUCCAGGAUGAGUUUUUAUGAUUGGGAUGCGAAGAGGUCUGUCGGUACCCUUUAUUGAACAUUGACUUUUUGAAUCUAGGUGAUUAAAUGUUGGUGAGAUCAUGUCAA